CUCAUUCCCCGGCCCUGCGCUGCACUGUCACACACACUCCGCACGCUCUCGGCAGCCGCAAACGCCCCGCUCCUCCCCCGCUGCGACCCCCGACCCGAGGAGAGAGGCAGGCAGCCAUGGCCGCCGCGGCGGGCGACGACGCUGGGAUGGACGCCGUCCAGAGGCGGCUCAUGUUCGAGGACGAGUGCAUUUUGGUGGAUGAGCAGGACAAUGUUGUUGGACAUGAAUCAAAGUACAACUGCCAUCUGAUGGAAAAGAUUGAAUCUGAGAAUCUGCUCCAUAGGGCUUUCAGUGUGUUCCUUUUCAACUCAAAAUAUGAGCUGCUACUCCAGCAAAGGUCCGCAACAAAGGUUACAUUUCCUUUAGUUUGGACCAACACCUGCUGCAGUCAUCCUCUGUACCGUGAGUCUGAACUUAUCCAGGAGAACUACCUUGGUGUGAGAAAUGCAGCACAGAGGAAGCUCCUGGAUGAGCUGGGCAUCCCAGCUGAAGAUGCCCCAGUCGACCAAUUUACCCCUGUUGGUCGGAUGCUCUACAAGGCUCCAUCUGAUGGAAAAUGGGGCGAGCAUGAGCUUGACUCUAUCCUGAUCAUCGUCCGGGACGUGAAGCUGCAGCCGAACCCAGAUGAGGUCGCUGACGUGAAGUAUGUGAACCGCGAGCAGCUGAAGGAACUGAUCCAGAAGGCGGACGCUGGUGAGGAUGGCGUGAAGCUCUCCCCCUGGUUCCGGCUGAUCGUCGACAACUUCCUCAUGCGCUGGUGGGACCAUGUUGAGAAGGGCACCCUCACCGAGGUCGUGGACAUGGAGACCAUCCACAAGCUGAAGGAGUGAGGGGCCGCUGCCAAGCGUGGCUCCGGUGACCUCGUCGCUUGCCGUUGCUCUGCCGCAUGCUAUUAGAGCUUACCUAUAAGAGGUUUUGCCCUUUGUGUGCUAUUGAGAACCAGAUGUCCAGAUCGUUUGUUUAACCGGUGCUUAUACAUCAUCCGAAUAAACAGCAAUAAGUUUGACCUGUUCGUCCCCCGCCAUAUGGUGGUCA